CGUUAAUAACAUCAUUGCGUAUGAAAAGAUCAAGCUUCAAUUCGUGGAAUUCAAUACAUUUAAAUGCUAAUUAAUUAUGAAGUGUGAUAUUUAUAAUAUUUUCUUUUAUUGUUCUGACUCUAACGAUUUUAUUCACACACAAACAUCUCUGAAAUUCUUUUAAUUAAAAUUUAAAAUAUGUAGAUUUUCGGAAGGUAAAUCUAGUUGGUCAAAACGAGGAUAUAUAUAUUCCCCCAUAAAUACGUGGGAUUAAGUAUUAAGCCCCGGUUAAUCCUCGUUAACCACAAAUUUCCAAGACUUUAAACUCACACAAGUAACAUAAUCGUCCUUAAAUAUCUCUCUGGUACUAAUUGAUAACUACCUUUGAAAAAAAAUAUCACAAAAUUACGUUUACAAGGAAGAGAAUAGAGAGAUUCAGGAGGUGAUCAUUAAGCAAGGCAGCCUGCAACGAUUUCGAUUAGUUAGCUUCUUAAUUACAAUUUUGUGUUUGUUUGCUCAUUGAAAACGCUAAUUAAUAAUACUUAGAAUGGCAUGGUCCCCAAAAUAUGCUGCCAAUGCAUAUCUUGACACCCUCAAAUUGUGUAGCAAACACAAACAAAUGUGCAGUUCAUGUACGGGAACCCAAGAACCCGAGAGCAAUGAAUUCCUAUCAGCAUUAGCAGCUGGAAUGAAAGCGAAGUUGAUAGUGGAAGUCACAACCGAAGGGUCCCCCUCCACCGUAGCCUUAGCAGCGGCAGCUCGUCAAACAGGGGGCAAAUUAGUCUGCAUUAUUCCGGAAACGAUACUUGACAAAACCCAAAAAGUAAUUGAAGAAACAGGGCUAAAUGACAUGGUAGAAUUCAAAACAGGGGACCCUGUGGAAAUCUUACACAAUUACGAAAACAUUGAUUUCUCAUUAGUAGAUGGCAAUACAGAUGAUUAUGAAAUGUUGAUGGAGAAACUUGACGUGAAUCCAAGAAGAUCAGUGGUCGUUACGAAUAAUGUACAAGGGAAGAAAGGGAUAGGAGGACAUUUAAAGAAAGUGGAGAAUACGGUAAAGGUAAGAUCACUACAACAUCCAAUUGGUAAAGGAUUAGAAGUUACAAUGAUUGGUAAAAGCACAGAGUUUGGUAAAAAGGAAAAUAAGAGCAAAUCAGGAUGUUAUUCCCAUUUAAUUAGAGGGGGUGACAAAAAAAAUGGACAUGUAGUGAAAAAGGGUGAUAAGAGCAAAUGGGUUUUUGUUGUGGAUGAAAAAAGUGGGGAAGAACAUAUUUAUAGGAUGCCAAAAUCAUAUACACCUUGAUAAAAAGGAGAGAUUUUCCAACUGAACUGAAGAAAAAUGUGAAGGCACUUGUAAAAUGAGGUUUUUUUUUUUUUAAUGUUAUACCCUUUGUUCUAAUUUCUAUUUCCAUCCCUUUUUAAUGGAGAUUGUUGGGUGUAUUUAGGAGAGGAUAUAGUGAAUUUACAUUGUGAAUGCUCUCUUGUUGAUUUUUUAGAGUUAUUAUUAAUGUACAUUCUUAUAUUAUCUAA